AUGGAUGUUUAUACAGGCUGGGAGCAUGUUCGACCUGAAGGGCUAGCGCUUGCUCUAUAUGUCACGACUGUUGUUCUCUCUGUAUUAUGCACUAUCGUCGUGGCUUUGAGAACGUACAUCCGAGCGAGGAAUCAAUGUAUCGGAAAUGACGACUACUUGAUGUGUGCAGGCUGGUUGGCCUACAUGGGACAUAACAUCAUCGUCAUCAUCGGAUGUCAUAGGGGUAUUGGUACGGUUCGGCACAAACUUGACAUCUCUCAGGUGCAGGAAGCAACAAAGUAUGUUUUCAUGUGGCAACUAUUCUACGCAGCGACCCUCGCCUGA